AUGACGGCGCAAAACAAGAUGCAAAACCCGAAUCCUCGAUCAUACUCCCAAUCUGAUCCCUCUCGGACUCAAGGCGAAGUGCAUGAGCUUGAAUCCCCUCCGCCCAGCUACGAGGCAGCAGUCCUCGGCACGAACGACAGGAGCCAAGGGAGACAGAUACAAAGCCACAACGUGAAUGAGCCCACGGGUGAAGUUCACUUCUUGAACCAGCAAGAAAGGCUCCGAGAGCAACCAGAACAACAGCAACAACAGCGAGAAUUGCAAAGACAACAGCGAGACCUCCAACGACAACAGCUCGCACAACAACUUGAACAACAGCGACAACAGCGGGAACAGCAACGACAACAGCUCGAGCAACAACUAGAACAACAGCGACAACAGCGGGAACUGCAACGACAACUACAGCAGCAGCAGCAGCAGCAGCCUUAUCCCAUCCAAGAGUAUUCCUCUUCCAACCAUGAUUAUCAACCAGAUGCAAAGCACCCUAAUACCAGCCAGCAGGACGGCUACGACGUCGAAGCGCAACAGCCAACAGUAGCCAGCAGCUCGGUGAUCCGUACGCCCAGUUCAGGUCAGGUACAGACGGACCCGAGGGACAGAAGAGGGCAUGGGCGUGGAGGAUGCCAACAUGAGAACGGGAAACAGCGGUCGGGAAAAUGUUGCGUGGCCUGCUUUGGGAAUGGGAGGCGUGAAGCAAAGUAG